UACGCAGGCUCAGCGAAAAGGAAGCUGUGUUUAAGGUUUGGAUGAUGUGGAUACUGAAGAGGUGAGAGGGUUUGAAUUCUGCUGUAGAUAGGGCGUAUUUGGAAACAAUGGAGAUGUGAUCGCGGCGGGGGGGGGAAGACUCGUUCAACAGUUAAACCAAUCCACCGAGGCGUGAGGAUGGCCGACUGCGGCUCUAGCACGGCGGCCCCGGCUCUCAUGCGUGGGUGCGAAGAGAGGGACGGCUCGCAGGCGGCGGGGUUUCCGUCGGCGCUGUUCGGCCGGGCCGCCCUCACAGUGGGAGCCAGCCCCGGGGGAGCGGUGCGCGUCUCGGAGAGCAGCGACAGCGGGCUGCCGGAGGUGGAAGGGGAGUGCUGCGGGGAAGAAGAGCUCCUGUUGCCGGCACCCGCCAGCUCCUCGUCCCCGAGGACGAGGAGGAACAGGCUCAGCUCCUCCUCCGAUAGGGAAAACUUUCCGACUUCAGGAAGUGCUGGUGGCACUGGGGACUUGAACUCUUUUCCUGAAGACCCCGAGUUUGCAGAGAUCAUCCAGAGGGCUGAACAUGCCAUUGAGAAUGGAGUCUUUCCAGAAAGGAUUUCCCAGGGGUCCAGUGGUAGCUAUUUUGUUAAGGACCCAAAAGGAAAUAUUAUUGGAGUAUUCAAACCAAAAUCUGAAGAGCCGUACGGACAUCUGAACCCCAAGUGGACCAAGUAUUUCCACAAGGUGUGCUGUCCUUGCUGCUUUGGAAGAGGAUGCCUCGUUCCCAAUCAGGGCUACCUGUCGGAAGCUGCGGCCUCACUUGUAGACCAAAAAUUAGGGCUCGACGUGGUGCCCAAAACCAAGGUGGUAUACCUGGUUAGCGAGACUUUUCACUACAGUGCAAUUGAUCGAGCAAAAUCAAGAGGGAAGAAGUAUGCUUUAGAAAAAGUACCCAAAGUUGGCAGAAGGUUUCACAGAGUUGGCUUGCCUCCUAAGGUUGGCUCUUUCCAGCUCUUUGUCGAAGGCUAUCAUGAAGCAGACUACUGGCUGAGAAAGUUCGAAACUGAUCCCCUUCCGGAGAAUAUCAGAAAGCAACUUCAGAAUCAGUUCGAGAGACUGGUGGUCCUGGAUUAUAUCAUUAGGAAUACUGAUCGCGGAAACGACAACUGGUUGAUCAAGUAUGAGAAACCGGGAAAUACUGAAGUCUCUGAGAAGGACACUGAAUGGGCAACGAAGAAAGAUCCUGCUAUUAAAAUAGCGGCUAUAGACAAUGGUCUGGCCUUUCCCUUCAAGCAUCCAGAUGAAUGGAGAGCCUAUCCGUUUCACUGGGCCUGGCUUCCACAGGCUAAAGUCCCGUUUUCUCAAGAGACACGCGAUCUAGUGCUGUCCCGGAUUUCUGACAUGAAUUUUGUUCAGGAUCUCUGUGAAGACCUCUAUGAGAUGUUCAAGACGGACAAAGGAUUUGACAAAGCCACAUUUGAAAAGCAGAUGUCCGUAAUGAGAGGACAAAUCCUGAACCUCACUCAAGCGCUGAAGGAUGGGAAGAGCCCCAUUCAGCUGGUGCAGAUGCCCCGCGUGGUGGUGGAGAGAAGUCACAGUGGCAGCCAGGGACGUGUUGUUCAGCUGGGCAACGCCUUCACACAGACGUUCCACUGCAAGAGACCCUUCUUCUCCUCGUGGUAGAUUCCGGGCACGUGAAAGCACUUGAGGACGCCUACAUUUCCCUGCAGGGACACGGAGACGGUUCUCCUGAGAUCACUGUAUUUGAAGUCAAACGGACAUGAAGCAUCUUGGAAAAUGCCAACAGCUUCCAACUGCCAAACAAAACACAAAAAACUUGAAUACUUGCUAAAGUGUUUUUGAAUGUAAUUGUACGUUUACAGGAUUUUCUCCAGUUAUUUCAGUGUAAAGGAAACCUGCAACUGAUAUAGUAUUUUUCUACAAUUAUUGUAUUGCUAAUGUAUUUAAAUACUUGAUGGGUGUGAGAACUUUAAGGCGGAGAGCUUUCAUGUCCCCUGCUGCUUACAGAGGACUGGUAUGCAUCCACUCAGCCAACUUUGGUUUAUAAUAUGCAUCUUGAGAUUUGUUUUUGGAAAUUCAUGAUUGUAAAGCUUUAGAAAAGUUGUUUGUUUAAUACAUGUACUUAAAAGAAUUAAAUACAUUUUCAAAUUGA